AUGGACAUGGAGGCGAAGCCCAGGCCCUCGAGGCCACACUGGUACGAGCUCCACGUCCAGCCCUGCGUGGCAGAGCUGCUGGGCAGUGCCCUCUUCAUCUUCAUGGGCUGCCUGUCCGUGCUGGAGGACUCGGGGGGCACGGGGAGGCUGCAGCCUGCCCUGGCACACGGGCUGGCCCUGGGUGUCACCGUGGCUGUCCUGGGGGACAUCAGCGGAGGCCACUUCAACCCCGCCGUGUCCCUGGGCGUGUGCCUGAUCGGGGGGCUCCACAUGACCAUGCUCAUCCCUUACUGGCUCUCCCAGCUUUGUGGAGGGAUGAUCGGAGCUGGCCUGGCAAAGGCUGUGGCCCCGAGCGAGCGCUUCAGGAACGCCAGCGGAGGAGCCUUCGGGGCCAUCACGGCCAACGAGCAGGUCCCUGCUGUCCUCGUUGCUGAGAUUGUGCUGAGCUCCUUCCUGCUGCUCGUGGUCUGCAUGGGAGCCAUCAACGGCAGGACCAGGACCCCGCUGGCCCCGCUGUGCAUCGGCCUCACCGUCACCGUCGACAUCCUGGCGGGGGGUGGCGUGUCCGGAGCCUGCAUGAACCCAGCCCGAGCCUUCGGGCCAGCUCUCGUGGCAAACUACUGGGACUACCACUGGGUGUACUGGGCAGGGCCCAUGGUGGCUGCCCUCCUGGUCGGGGUGCUGGUCAGGCUCCUGAUGGGUGACCAGGCCACUCGCCUGUUCCUGAAGUGA